CGUAACCCGGCUGUAGCCGCUGCCGGGGUCGGUGCUUCACCCGUCACAGCGGCUCGGGGCCUCUUCCCCCCAGUCCUCUCGUGCUGCUGCCGGGGCCACAGGGGCAGCAGCCUACCCAGCGCAGGGCUAGAGUCCGCCGGGCCCCGGGCUCUGCUCAUCGCUGUGCUAUCUGCCGGCGGGCGUUAGCCAGCGUCCCAGCGCGCCUCUUUGGAAGCGGCUCCUGCGGCCAGCCGGGGCGAGCCUGAGGGAACGAGCCCGGGCGCAGCCGCUGGUCCUUGGCUGGGCGAGGUGGCGGUGCCGGGUGAACUAGAGAUGGAGCCUGAGAGCCUCGGCGCGGAGCAGGGCGCCUCUCUCCCGGGGCCCGCCGAGGAGCUGGGGACGCUGCUGGGCCAGGAUGCCGCGCUGCAGAAGCUGAGCGGUGAGGAGCUGGACAGGGAGCUGGAGUCCAAAAGUGACCUGAUAGAUGACAAAGAGUUUGAUAUUCCCCAGGUUGAUACCCCUCCAACACUGGAAAGCAUAUUAAAUGAGACUGAUGAUGAAGAAGAGUCUUUCAUUCUUGAGGAUCCCUCUCUUUUAAACAUUGAUAACAUUGACACUCACUCUUAUGACACAUCUUCCUUGGCAAGCUCAGACAGUGGGGACAGGACGCACUUGAAAAGAAAGAAAAAGCUCCCUGAUUCUUUCUCUCUUCAUGGAUCGGUUGUCCGUCUUUCUCUUCUGAAAGGAAUUUCUGCCCAAAUAGUAUCUGCUGCGGACAAAGUGGAUGCUGGUUUACCUACUGCAAUAGCAGCGUCAAGUCUGAUAGCAGUGGGGACUUCCCAUGGUUUGGCAUUAAUUUUUGGAAAAGAUCCAAACCAGGCUCUUCGGCUCUGUCUGGGCAGCACUGCUGUUGGGGCCCAGUAUGGGGCUAUCUCGGCUCUCAGUAUCAACAAUGACUGUUCAAGACUACUGUGUGGCUUUGCAAAAGGACAGAUUACCAUGUGGGAUCUGGCUAGUGGGAAACUUUUAAGAUCAAUAACAGAUGCUCAUCCCCCAGGAACAGCAAUUUUACACAUCAAGUUUACAGAUGACCCAACGCUUGCAAUUUGCAACGACAGUGGAGGUUCUGUGUUUGAGCUGUCAUUUAAAAGAGUUAUGGGUGUGAGAACAUGUGAGUCUCGGUGUCUGUUCAGUGGUUCCAAGGGAGAAGUUUGCUGUAUCGAGCCCUUGCAUGCAAAGACUGAAUUGAGAGAUCAUCCUAUCACCCAGUACUCGCUACUGGCAAUGGCUUCCCUAACUAAGAUCCUAGUCAUUGGCUUGAAACCAUCUUUGAAGGUGUGGAUGACUUUUCCGUAUGGUCGUAUGGAUCCCUCUAGUGUGCCACUGCUGGCAUGGUAUUUUGUUGCUGUACAGAACUCUGUGAACCCCAUGCUUGCCUUCUGUCGAGGAGAUGUUGUUCAUUUUCUUUUGGUGAAGAGAGAUGACUCCGGUGCAAUACAUGUUACUAAGCAAAAGCAACUUCAUCUGCACUAUGACCUCAUCAAUUUUACUUGGAUAAACUCACGCACAGUAGUGCUUCUGGACAGUGUGGAGAAGCUGCACGUGAUAGAUCGCCAGAUGCAGGAGGAGCUGGAGACUAUAGAGAUUUCAGAGGUGCAGCUAGUAUAUAACAGCAGUCACUUCAAAUCACUGGCCACAGGAGGCAAUGUCAGCCAAGCAUUGGCCCUGGUUGGAGAGAAAGCAUGUUACCAGUCCAUCAGCAGCUGUGGUGGUCAAAUCUUCUAUCUUGGCACAAAGUCUGUUCAUGUGAUGAUGAUAAGGAGCUGGAGAGAGAGAGUGGAUCACCUUUUGAAACAAGACUGUCUUACUGAGGCCCUGGCUCUAGCAUGGUCUUUUCAUGAAGGUAAAGCAAAGGCUGUAGUAGGGUUGUCUGGGGAUGGCAAUAAGCGAAAGGCUGUCAUUGCAGACCGAAUGGUUGAAAUCCUCUUCCAUUAUGCUGAUAGAACUUUGAAGAAAUGUCCUGACCAGGGAAAAAUCCAAGUUAUGGAGCAACACUUUCAGGAUAUGGUGCCUGUCAUAGUCGAUUACUGCCUUUUACUUCAGCGAACUGACCUUCUGUUCAGCCAGAUGUAUGACAAAUUGAGUGAGAAUUCAGUGGCAAAGGGUGUUUUUCUGGAGUGCCUGGAGCCUUACAUUUUAAGUGAUAAGUUGAUGGGAAUGACCGCUCAAGUGAUGAAAGACUUGCUGCUUCACUACCAAGAUAAGAACCUAAUGGAGGACAUGGAGGCCUGCAUUGUGCAUAUGGAUAUCACCAGCCUAGACAUACAGCAGGUAGUUCUCCUGUGCUGGGAAAAUCAUCUGUAUGAUGCCAUGAUCUAUGUGUACAACAGUGGAAUGAAUGACUUCAUUAGUCCGAUGGAGAAAUUGUUCAAAGUCAUUGCUCCUCCACUUAAUGCUGGGAAGUCUCUCACAGAUGAGAAGGUGGUUAUGGGAAACAAGCUCCUUGUGUACAUAAGGAUCCACAGCCACCUCUUUCAUGACUCAGCCCUCAGCUGGGUCACCAUGUGUGUUCUCCCCUUCCUGGGUAUCAAAGUCCCUCUUGACAAAUGGGCUCAGGGAGUCUUCCUGUUCACUGCCCUGCCAGUGCCACUCCAUCAGCAGCGAGUGUUUGAAUUUCUUAUCCGUCUCCACUCAGCUGAAGCAUCUGCAGAUGAAGAAGUCUACCCGUAUGUUCGUACGCUGCUGCACUUUGAUACCAGAGAGUUCCUUAACGUUCUUGCACUGACUUUUGAAGACUUUAAGAAUGACAAGCAAGCAGUGGAGUAUCAACAAAGAAUUGUGGACAUCCUGCUAAAGGUUAUGGUGGAAAAUUCUGAUUUCACCCCAUCACAAGUUGGCUGUCUUUUUACCUUUCUUGCCCGGCAGCUGGCUAAGCCCAACAAUACACUGUUUGUAAACAGGACGCUUUUUGACCAGGUCCUUGAAUUUCUGUGCAGCCCUGAUGACGAUUCCCGACACUCAGAGAGACAGCAGGUCCUUUUAGAACUACUGCAAGCUGGAGGGAUAGUACAGUUUGAAGAGAAUCGUCUCAUCCCUAUGGCAGAAAAAGCUGAAUUCUACCAAAUUUGUGAGUUUAUGUAUGAACAGGAGCAUCUCUAUGACAAAAUCAUUGAUUGUUACUUACGUGAUCCAGUGAGAAAGGAAGAAGUGUUCAACUACAUCCACAAUAUCCUAUCCAUUCCUGGGUACAGUGCCGAGGAGAAGCAGUCAGUAUGGCAGAAGGCUAUGAAACACAUUGAGGAGCUGCUGUUACUGAGCCCGAAUAAAGCAGCAGACCUGAUAGCAACUCACUUCAAUGACCAGAUUGAGGGUAUCAUUAAAAAUCUUCAGGACCAAUUCUUGCUUUUCCAGUUUUUGAGAAGUCUUCUUGACCCAAGGUAUGUAAGUAAAUUGGAUAGUUUAUCACUUACUGCUCAAAAUCAUAACUUUUUAGUUAAAAUACACUGCUGUGGACUCAUGUAUAAAUGCAUACAAUCCAAAGAAACGGGAGAGAUUCUUUGUCGUCAGACUCCUGGCUUCCUGCCCUGUGUCGUCAUCAUCAUCGUCCUUGCUUUCUUCGGAUAUCUCUUGUUGGUCCAGCUCAAUCAGUUCCUCAUUUGUCAGUUGCUGAGCGUGAAACUCCAACAACUCCUCAGUAAUGGCACGGUAAAUUAUCUGAACCAUGGUGUAAUCUCUUUGUUUUUCAUUAACCUAGAAUCAACAGAACUCCACUUAUUAAAGGAUAUUGAAGAUACCUUGGUGAAAACAAUUGCACUUUGCCAGAGGAAUUCACAUAGUUUAAACCAGCAGCAGCGAGAGGCACUCUGGUUUCCUCUCCUGGAGGCUAUGAUGUCGCCACAGAAGCUAUCCAGUUCGACAGUGUUGUCUCAGUAUUCUGAACCUCUGAAGAGUUUGACAAUGCAAGUGCUAAACAACAUGGCUGCAUUUAUUGCCCUUCCCUCAAUCUUGCAGAGAAUUCUCCAGGAUCCAGUUUAUGGUAGAGGGAAACUUGGAGAAAUUCAGGGACUUGUACUGGGGAUGCUGGACACAUUUAACUAUGAGCAAACCCUUCUAGAGACAACUACCAACCUCCUGAACCAUGAUCUCCACUGGUCCUUGUGUAACUUGAGAGCCUCCAUCACUAGAGGACUUAACCCAAAGCAGGAUUACUGCUGUAUCUGUCUGCAGCAAUACAAGAGAAGGCAAGAGAUGGCUGAUGAAAUCAUUGUUUUCAGUUGUGGCCAUUUGUACCACUCACUCUGUCUGCUGAGUAAAGAGUGUGGCAUAGAAACCAAGGGACAGAUGAGAUGGACUUGCUAUAAAUGCAACUCGAGUAACAAAGGGGGGAAACUGAGUGAGAAUUUCUCAGAACUGAAAAAGGGAAAUGGUGCAUCUCUGGCACAGUCAAGUUCAGAGUCCCUGUUGGAUUCCCAGCAAAUCCAGGCUUUUGACCAACUCUGUCGACUCUAUCGAGGAACCUCCAGGUUAGCUCUCCUGACAGAAUUGUCUCGAACUCGUGGUGGUGAAAAACAUGGGCUCCUCAAUGUCUCUCAGGGUGACCCUGCACUGAACAGUGUCUUCCAGAACGAGAAUUUCCAGCUGCAUCUCGCUCCCCCUCCACUGACAGAAGAGUAGCCCUUCCCUUGCCAGAUCAUGGGUGCAGUCCUUCCAUGGUUGCAUAAGAACAUUCUGGGGAGGCUCCUACCAUCAAUCCCGGGGAGUGAGUUUGUUGGCUAUGGGACCUGCCCUACUAGGCUGGAUUUGCUGCCCAUUGCCAUCAUAUCCUUCCCAGAAUCCUUUGUAACAUGUCACAUUGUGUCAGAUAGUUUUGCUGGGUUUGUAACCAGGUGGAAUCUGUAGUAGUCUCUCUGCUGGCUCAUUGUCCCCUGUUUCUUCUAACAAAACAGAAGGAAAAUCACAGAGAUCACUGUCAGAGUUCUUGUCCAGUGGGAUGCACUGAAAGCUAUAAAAUAUUAUGUCAACUCCAUGUACUUCACUCGAGCCAAACACAGGAAGUUGAGGCAGCUGUACUAACCCCAGGGUGACUGUGUCUGCAGCCAAAGCUUAUCCAAAUAAUUGGAACCUAUAAUGUGUUCCUUUUUAUUCCUUAGAUAGAUUGACCAAGGGAAUACAGAACAUGUCAAAUAUCCAAACUCAGCAUUUCUCAAAAUGCCUCCUCAACAUUAUAAGGGAAAUAGCUAAUUUAUUUGAGUUUAAAUUUAGUAUCAGUAAAAAUAAUCUUUUAGACAAAUCCCUAACCCCAGCAGGAUCUCCUGGAUUAUAAGCAAAGUGGGUGGUAUGACUUCAUGAAACACCCUCAGCCCUUGAAAGGAGCUGAAACUGCAAAAGAGCGUAUAUUUGUGAGUAAAUGAACUUGUGUGCAAUGCUUCUGUGAAACUACAUUCUCUAAUAAAAAUGCCCUGCCUUUAAA